AUGCUUAAAAGUGUUAUACCAGACUCUUCUGAACUGGUUUUCAUGAGUGACAGAAAUAGAAUCCUCAUCUCUGCUAUAGCAAACGUGUUUCCACAGGCUCACCAUGGUCAUUGUUUAUGGCAUUUGAAGGAAAAUGUGAAAGGGCAUGCUUGUAGCGUCAAAAAAGAUAUAGUCGGGCAUAGAUUCAUGGAAUUGGGCAGAUAUUACACGGAGGCUGACUUCAAAUCUGCUUACGAUUCAUUUAAGAUAAGCUAUCCUUCAGCCUACAAGUACAACAUGGAUACAAGCAACAGUGUGGAAUCAAUGAAGAACAUGCUUAAAGAGGCAACGAGGUGGGACUUAAUACCAAUGCUGGAUUACAUCAUCGGGAAAAUCUCUGAUUGGUUCAAUCAAAAUCAGAAGGAUGCUGUUGCUGGAUCAAUUGAUAGCAAACUGGUGCCUCUGGUUGAGCUACGUGUGCGGGAGCUUGAUAGUUAUGAGUUUGAGUAUGAGAUCACCGACACUGAAGGAAAGAUGUUUUUGGCGAGCUUAGUUGGGAAAGGUUGUACUUGCAAGGUGUGGGAUUAUGAAAAGUUUCCUUGUCUGCACGGACUGGCUGCUUACAUAAAUUUCACUACAAACGUUGGCAGGCGCCUUCAUAUCCAUGAGCUGUGCUCAGAAUACUACUGGUCGGAACUGUGGGCAAUGGCAUAUUCCAAGACACUUUAUGUUGUGCCCGACAGGUCUUCUUGGAAUGUACCGGAUUACAUCAAGGAGGUGAAGAUCAUGCCUCCGGAUUGCAUCGCACGGGAGGGAAAGAAAAGAGUUAGAAGUUAG